AUGACUGAAAAUAACUUUCCAACUAAACAUUUUAACCCGGUCACUGAAGGUCUGCGAACCAACGAUGAGGUCUCAGCACAAAAUUCUGGGUUGACGGUGUCGACGCAGCAGGGCCCCGUGACUGGAACGUUGGUGCUACCCACUGUACGGCGAUUUUUGGGUAUUCCUUUUGCCACCGCAAAAAGAUGGCAGGCCCCUGAACUCCCAGCAAAACGAAAAGGCGUAUUUCAGGCAAACAAGUUCAGCGACGUAUGCUUUCAGGAAAUGAGUGCGUUCAAUGUCGGAUACCUCGUGCUGGCGCAACAGACACAAGGAAUCAAUGCCACUUCGUCGGAAGACUGCUUGACCGCGAACAUCUGGUCUCCAAGCGUCGAUAGGAAGCAGAAAACGGCAGUUAUGGUCUGGAUUUAUGGAGGAGGAUUUACGUUUGGAUCUAGUAACUUACCAUUAUACGAUGGCCAAAACUUCGUGCGCGACAACGACGACGUGACGAUCGUCACUUUUAACUAUCGCCUCAAUAUAUUUGGGCAACCAAAUGCGCCACAGCUAGGAGCUGGGAAAAACGUGAAUUUUGGACUUCUGGAUAUCGACGCGGCGAUUCAAUGGGUCCAUGCUAACAUAGAGAACUUCGGAGGCGACCCUGAUCGAAUUGUAAUUUUUGGGCAGAGUGCAGGAGGAGUGGCAGUAGAUGCGUAUGCGUUUUCACACCCUCAUGAUACUAUAGUCAAAGGAUCACCAGGAGCAGCAAGCCUAGCAAUGCUGCCUGGUAACCAUUCUGACUGGACCAGUGUAGCUGUAGCCGUAGGAUGUGGAGCAAAUGGAACCCCCCAGCAGUUCUCAUGUAUGCAAAAGGUACCAGCAGAGAAACUUGCAGAGACGGUGGUCAGCACAGGAACGAGCUUUAGUAUCCUUAUCGAUGGAGUCACCAUUUUCGACGACAACCCAGCUCGGCUAGCGAAUGGCAAUUUCCUCAAAGUCCCGCUGCUGGGUGGAACAACGGCCAACGAGGAUGACGUCUUCCAACUUGACACGGAAUUGAUAACCCUUGGAUUCGCACCGCCAGUAUUGACCGAAAUGAUUUCAGACAUCAACACCUUGGUCGAAGAAACUUGUUUGACAGGUGAAGCGGCUGUCUCUCGAAUAAACGCCAACGUCCCAACAUGGCGCUACCAACUGCAAGCCAUCUUCCCAGACCUCACAACUCGCCCUGAGCUACGGGCGUACCAUUCCACCGAGAUUCCGCUCGUUUUUGGGACAUACAAUGCCAGCACCCUUGGUAUUCCAGCAACACCGACUGAAAUGGCGUUGUCAAGAUACAUGCAAAGUGCGUGGGUUGCCUUUGCCCGCGAUCCGACCGAGGGCCUCCUUAACUUCGGGUGGCCCUUAUACAACCCAAAUACGACAAGCCUGGCACAACUCGGGAACAUAGCGAAUGCAACUGGUGUAGUGUUUACGAAGGCAAAUUUGAUAGAUUUUGGUUGCAACAAUGUGGCAGAGUUAACGGCUAUUGGGAACCAGCUCACGGCGAUAUUAUUUGGUGGCUAA